AUGACAUAUCCCGAUAUCUUAAGUCAACGGUCAAAAUGCCGUAAAGUUCCUUUGUUUAUGACACCGGUUAAGUUUCCUGAAGGCUUCACCCCAGCAAAGAACUCAAUUACUUUGAAUUACGGCGUCCCGAACCAGGGAUUCUUUCCAAUUGCUCAGGUGCAAACCUCAGUGCUUGACGCCCCCUUUGGUGCCAUUGACAACAACAAAUACACCGUGAAUACCGUCGAAUCCGAUCCUAAUACCAUUGAUUUGGCCAACGGUUUACAAUAUGCCAAUUCGAAUGGUCUUCCCCAGAUCAGAGAGUUGGUGUCUCAGAUUGUCGAGCGCACUCAUACCCCGGGUUAUCCCGAAUGGAAAAUCACCUUAUGUUGUGGAGCCUGUGAUGGCCUCAAUAAAGUGAUGAAUGUGUUAUUAGAUCCGGGCGACACGGUGUUGAUGGAAGAGUUCACUUUCACUCCCGUGAAGGGCUACGUCGACAACUUCCAAGCUAAAGUUGUACCAGUGAAAUUAGAUCUCACCGGCAAGGGCUUAGACGUUGACUACUUGACAGACUUGCUUGCAAACUGGGAGUCCAAGUACCCUGAUCACAAGCGUCCCAAAGCAUUUUACACCAUUGCUCUGGGGCAUAACCCUACCGGCAUUACGCAACUGAAGCAACAGAGACAACAGGUGCUUGACUUGGCGAAGAAGUACAACUUUGCCAUCAUUGAGGAUGACCCCUACGGGAUGCUUCAAUUCCCAGACUAUGAACUGAAACAAUACUCUCAACCCACUCUGGUUGACACAUUCCUUGAGGAAUUGGUGGAAAGCUACCUGGAGUUGGAUACCGAAGGUCGGGUGGUCAGAGUUGAAACAUUUUCCAAGCUUUUUGCUCCAGGCUUGCGAUUGGGAUAUAUUAUUGCCAACCCGGAGGUGAUCAAAGCCAUCGACGCUGUCAGUGACGUCACCACUAGAGCGCCUCUGGGUGUACUGAUGCUUAUGGUCAAUAACACGAUUCGGAACCAGUUUGGUGGGGUUGAUGGCUUCAUUAGAUGGGUGAUGAAGGUGAAGGAAGAGUACCACAUUCGUCGUGACAAGCUCUUGGACGCCCUCUAUCAUUCCGAGGCUUACAAAAAGGGCUACAUUUCAUUUAACCCACCCCAAGCAGGGAUGUUUGUCAGUGUGGUCGUCAACUUCGGUUGCGAAGCUGCAAAGUUGGCAGAGGAAGUUAACAAUUUGUUGAUUUAUUUAGCUGCGGUUGGGGUAAGCGUGGUAGCUGGGUUAGGCUUAUCUGUCGACCCCGAGUUCUCAGGAACCCGCGCCCAGUUUUUCCGGCUUACAUUUGCUUGUGCUAGUACUCACGAGGAGUUAUCAGAAGGGGGCACCCGCUUCUGUAAUGCGGUAGAGCAAUUCUUUGCUAAUGGCCACGUGUGGAAACAAUAG